AUGGUCCGGUUGGGCGAAGUGCUCAGAGAUAACGGCCAUCGGGUGGUCUUUGCGACCACUAAAGAUUGGUCGCAGAGAUUGAAAAGUCUUAACUUUGGGGUCGAGUUAAUGACCGAAGAGACCGAUGGAGUGACCGGCGAUUCGGCCGACGCUAACGCGGAAAGUGCUAAUGACUUAUUGGAUAACUCAACGCCUUUAGAGAAAGCGUUGAAAAGCAUGACAAUUCUGCUCAAAGAAUUCCUGCCUCUUAUCGAAAAGGACGAGCCGUCACUCAAGAGGAUUAUAAACGCUGUCAAACCCGAUGUCAUUAUUUCAGACCACGUGCUGACUCUGCCAUCGAUUGCCGGUUCGGGUAUUCCCUGGAUAUUCAGUUAUAGCAGUAAUCCGUUGUCAAUGGACUUUGGUUACGAAGAUAAGAGACUUCCGCCAUCGAUAUUAGGUUUGUCUAUAAAUAGUGACAAAAACUUAUGGGAAGUAUACAGACAACAGUUAAAAGACGCGAGAAAAGAUGAUUGGAUUAAAUACAAGGAUUGGCUCAUCAGUAAUGGCUGUCCAUUAAUACCAGAAGAGCUACAGUUUUGGUCGCCGUCGCCCUUUGCAAACAUCUAUAUGUUUCCCAAAGAACUCGAUUACACGGAUGUCAGGCCUUUGCCGAAGACUUUUCAUCGCUUUGAUUGUAUGAAACGAAGCGGAAAUGAAGACACGUUUGAAUUGCCGGACAAACUCAAGAAUAGAUCCGGAAAAUUGAUUUAUCUAUCGUUGGGUUCAAUGGGUUCGGCAGAUGUAGUCCUUAUGAAGAGAUUGAUUGCAAUUUUGUCCAAAUCUGAGCACAAAUUCAUUGUCUCGAAA